AUGUUUUUUUCUGUCUUGGGGCUGCUUUCCCUCGCAGUCGCUCAUCGACUUGGGCGUCAGGAGCACCUUGUCUCCGUUGUCGACACUAUUCCAAAUGACCCGUUGUUCAUUGAGAUGCCUUUGGACCACUUCAACUCCAUGAACGACAAAUUCUUCAAGAAUCGAUACUGGAUCAACGCAACAUACUAUGAGCCUGGAGGACCUGUUUUUCUUUUCGACUCUGGAGAGCAAAACGCGGAGCCACUACUCCCGUAUUAUCUCCAAGAGCACCAUGGUCUCUCUGCUGUGAUGCGACUUGCGGCCCGGUAUCGCGGACUGGCUAUACUGUGGGAGCAUCGUUACUAUGGCGCAUCCUUGCCGUUUCCGGUGAAUAAAAACACGACUAUGGCACAAUGGAAGUUCUUGGAUACCGAACAAGCGCUCGAGGAUGUCGUUUACUUUGCCAACUCCUUUUCUAAACCAUCCGAAAGCCACAAAAACUCUUCCGUUCCGAAUGACUUGUCUAUUCACCCGUCCAGCACACCUUGGGUAUUCCUUGGAGGAUCGUACCCAGGAGUCCGAGCGGCAAUGCUCCGUCAACGGAAUCCUUCCGUCAUUUUUGCGUCUUGGGCUUCGUCAGCUCCGGUUCAGGCCCAAGUUGACAUGUCCAGUUAUUACAAAGCAGCUGAGCGAAGCUUGACGCGAAACUGCUCAGCCGAUUGGGUAGCGGUAACCAAGUCCGGUCUUGUUUUUCCUGCUGUUGUUGUAGUCCUAAAGAAAGUCAGAUUUGUCGAUGAUUCGCUCAAGAACGGCAGCGCAGAAUCGAAAGAACAGCUUAAAUUUCGUUUACUCAAAGCCAGGCUUAGUGGUCCCGGUGGAAAUACCUCCGCCGCAGACCAUCUAACACUCCAACAAGCCAACGAGACCAGUAAUUUGGAUGCAGCCACAAUCCUAAUGGACCCGUUGAACUUCUAUCAAUAUUACGGCUUCGCUGAGUCUGUCUUGCCCUUCUGCAACCUGCUCGAGACCCGAAAUUUUACCACUGAACCAACUGAAAGCGGCAUCGCUUCCUCGGCUGGUGUGAGCAAAGCUUUGGACGCUUUCCUGGUUGCUAUCGGCGAGCUGGAUUACGACUCUAUCCCAGGAAAUGCCGAUGAUCCUGUUCAGGACAUGUCGUGGAUGAGGCAAUACUGCUCGGAAUACGGGUUUUACCAGCGCGGCGACCCACAGAACCCACUCUCGAUCGAAACUUCAUUCCUGUCGCUCGAGCUAUUCCAACAGCAAUGCGCAGAGACUUUUCCGGACCUUCCGGCCUCUCCACAGGUCCAAAAGGUGAAUAAAUAUGGCGGCUGGCACAUGAACCCAUCCAACGUCCUAUUCACCAAUGGAGAAUUUGACCCAUGGCGAACUAUGGGCCUCGCUUCGAUCGAACCAAACUCUCCAGGCCGCCAACCUACCCCAGCCAUACCUGCAUGCAACACAUCUCCGAACCAAACGACCUUCUUUGGCCUGACCUACAAGAAUAUGGUCCACGUGACUGAUAUGAGAGUGCUGCUUGUCCCAGACGAGCAGCACUCCGGCUUCAAAACCGUUGGGUUCUACUCUCCAGUGUCGCAAGAGCAAUUCUACACAGGACUGGGGUUGUUUCAACUCGCGCUCGAUCAAUGGCUGCCCUGCUUUGUCAAAGAGGAUAGCGGACUGUGA